AUGGAGUAUGGACACUUCAUGACAACUUCAUCUUCACUCCCGAGUCUCACCAUUGAAAACCAGAGAAUCCCCAUUAAUAUUCUCCCAAUCUACAGAAAAAGCUUCAAUCCAAAGCUUUGCAGUAUCUCCAAAUUUGAAAAUUUUGUCAAAACAUUUAGUAAAACCCAUCAAGAGACAUACAUAUCCAUCACAGAUGACAUUUCCAGUAAUGGGUUUGCUGCUGAAAAAAAUCUUGAUAAAUUUUCUUUGAUUAGUACAUUAGGUGAAUGUAGCAAAAACAGAAAUCUUGGUCAUGGUAAACAAUGUCAUGGUUUAGUGCUCAAACUUGGGUUUGAUCAAGAUAAGUUUGUAGCCACAACUUUAGUUAGUCUGUAUUCGAAAUGUGGUGAUCUUGAGAGUGCUUGUAAACUGUUUGAUAAAUCAUCUGACUGGGAUAUUGUAUCAUGGAACAGUUUCAUCUCUGGUUAUUCAAGUAAUGGGAUGUAUAAUGAAGCUUUGAAUUAUUGUAUGCAAGUUUUUAGCUUGGAUAUUCAACCUAACCAUUAUACGUUUUCGAUUGGAUUAAGUAUUUGUGCAAGUGUUGGAGCAGUUGAAGAAGGAAGACAGCUUCAUGCUUAUAUUGUAAAGAUGGAGUAUUUUGCUUACCCGGCUGUCGGUAAUUCUCUUUUGACAAUGUAUAGUAAGUUUGGAAUGAUGGAUGAAGUUGAGAUUUUGUUUAAGAAACUCCCUGAGAAAAACUUGAUUUCCUGGACAGCAAUUAUAACGGGAUUUUACCAGCAAAAGUGUUUUCUGAAGGCGCUGAGGCAGUUUUGCGAUAUGAUAAAGAGCGGAGAAGAUCCAAAUGAACAUACUUUUGUGGUAGUCAUGGCAUCUUGUGGUGGUAUGUUAGUUCCUAUGUAUGGUAGGAUGAUUCAUGCUCAAGCAAUUAAAUUUGGUAUGGCUUCAGGUGUUUUUGUUGGGACUGCAAUCUUAGAUAUGUAUUCAGAAACUAAGCAAAUGGAUGAUGCAAGGAAGCAGUUUGAAGAGAUGGGAGUUUUAGCAUCUCAUGUAUCAUGGAAUGCGUUAGUAGCUGCAUAG